AUCCGAAUUCUUUUACGCACCGCCGCCACGGACCGCAACACAUAGAACCACGAGUUUCAUUUGCGUGCCGGCCAUUUAGUCGUCCCGUCCCGAGACACUCUGCCUGUUGGUACAUAUUUUUUCGAAUUCGAAUUAGCACCACACGAUAUCAAAAUGAGUGCUGAAACCGUGAACGCGUUGGUGUUCGACUAUUUGAACUCGUUGGAUCAGAACCUUGCAAACAUGUUCCAGACCAAGACUAAAGCCUCAAAACUGCAGAGGGGACAAACUAAAUUAACCCAGCUAAUAGAUGAUCAUUUGAAGACUUCAAAGAAGACAAUUAAAUUGCAAAAAAAAGGACCUUCUGUAGAUCAAAUAAUUAAAAUAAGUAAUGGUAAAGCAGCCGCAGUCGCCGAUGAAGAAUCUGAAGAAGAAAGUUCAGAGGAGGAAGUUGUUGCACCAAAACCAAAAACUAAUAGCAAAAAAGGCAAGAUAGUAGAAAAAAAAGAAGAAAGUUCUGAAGAAGAAAGCUCAGAUGAUGAUGAUGAACCACCAGUAAAGAAAGCAUGUAUUGCUCCUGUUAAGAAGCCUGCUGCUAAGAAAGAAUCUAGUUCAGAAGAAGAGAGCUCAGAAGAAGAAACUCCUGCUCCUAAAAAGCCUGUUACUAAACCAGUUGUAAUGCCACCCGCAGCUAAGAAAACUGCUGCAGAAGAAUCAUCAGAAGAAGAUAGCUCUGAAGAAGAAAGUUCCGAAGAAGAAGAAAAGCCUGCAGUCAAAAAAGCCCCACAGGUACCUGUAAAAAAGGCUAAAGAAGAAAGUUCAGAAGAGGAAAGUUCUGAAGAGGAAACUGUAGUUAAAGUUCCAGCUAAAGUAGUUGCUGCUAAAAAUGGAAAGAAAGAGUCAAGUUCAGAAGAAGAAAGUUCUGACGAAGAAGAUGAUACGCCUGCAGUUAAGAAAACAGCCGCUCCGCCAGCAGUUAAGAAAACAGCCGCUCCGCCAGCUUUGAAAAAAACCCAAGAAUCUAGUUCUGAAGAAGAAAGUUCUGAUGAGGAAACUGUAGUUAAAACUCCAGCGAAAGCUCCUGUUUCUGCGAAGAAAGCUAAAAAAGAAUCUAGUUCUGAAGAGGAAAGUUCAGAAGAUGAAACCCCAGCUACAACCAAACCAUUGAAAAAAACUGUAACUAAACCAGUCGUUGCUAAAGAAGAAAGUGAAGAAGAAGAAUCUGAUGACGAUGAUGAUGAAGAAGAAGAAGAAGAAGUUAGCAAGACUCCAAAUAGUCAGAUCAAAAAUCAGCCAUUUGUUAAAGCAGCGAAUGGAGAUGAUGAAAAUGGUUCCGGCAACAAAUGGGGUGAAGACCGACAGGGCGGUUUCAGAGGUGGUAGAGGCAAUAGAGGAACUCGAGGAGGAUUUGGAUUCCGAGGUGGUCGUGGAGGCCGUGGGGGUUUCAAUCGUGAUGAUGACCAAAAUGGAGGAGGAAGAGGUGGUUUUGGUCGUGGUGGGGGUGGGGGUCGUGGAGGUGGGUUCAAACGUAAAUUUGAUGACUCCGGUGAAGGAGAAGGUGAAGGCGGUGGUUUCAGAAAGAGUUUUGGAAGUGGUGAUGAUAAUGGUGGAGAACGCCGUAGUUUUGGAGACAAAAGAGGAUUUGGUGGUAAUAGGUUUGGAGGUGAUCGAGGAGGAUUUGGAGGUCGCGGUGGUGGUGAUAGAGGUGGAAGAGGAUUUGGUGGUCGCGGUGGUGGUGAUAGAGGUGGAAGAGGCUUUGGUGGACGUGGCGGUGGAGAUCGUGGCAGGGGCGGUCGUGGAGGUGGUGGAGACAGAUAUUUCAAUAAAAGUUUUGACUCUAAUAGUUCAACACCUCAAAACAAAAAAAUUAAAUUUGAUGAUUGAAAAGGUCAAUAUGAAAAUUGGGGUAAGAAAGCUGCUCUAGACUUACAAUACACUAAAGGAAAAUCUUUUAGACACGAAAAAACAAAAAAAAAACGUGGCUCUUAUCGUGGUGGUCAAAUCGAUGUAGGUGUUAAUUCCAUU